ACCAACGAAGAAGAUAAACGCGUAUUGACAGAAAAGCAUGGCAGGAAGUAACGCUGCUGCACCUCUUGUUAGUUCUCUAUCUAAAUUGCAAUCAUUGAAUGGACUCUUUGCAAUUUAUAAAAAGCAAGGACCGACGUCUGCUGAUGUUUUGAACAAACUGAAAGAAACUUUACUGAAGGAAGCCGGUGUGCAGAACCCGAACCCGAGGAAGAGGAAGAAACAGAGUCUCAAGAUGGGUCACGGAGGAACGCUUGACAGUGCUGCCAGUGGAGUAUUAGUUGUUGGUGUUGGAAAUGGUACAAAAAUGCUCAGCACAAUGUUGGCUGGUUCCAAGAAAUACAUUGCUGUAGCAGAGCUGGGUAAAGCAACAGACACUCUGGACGCUACUGGCAGUGUUACAGAAGAAAAAGAUUUCCAGCAUGUUACCAAGUUGGAUGUGGAGGAGAAGCUGAACAGUUUUGUUGGCGAUAUCAUGCAAGUCCCACCACUUUACUCAGCCCUGAAAAAAGAUGGCCAGCGAAUGUCUGUUCUUCUGAAGAAAGGUCAUAAGGUCGAGGCCAAACCUGCCAGAUCUGUCACGGUGUACAACUUGACACUACAAGAGUUCAAACUGCCCUUCUUCACUUUGGAUAUUGAAUGUGGCGGCGGGUUUUAUGUGAGGAGCUUGGUAGAUGACCUGGGCAAAGCACUUUUAUCGUGUGCUCACGUCAAGGAACUGGUCCGUACCAAGCAGGGUCAGUUCACUUUGGAGCAGCAUGCCUUACACGAGGAGCACUGGACACUGGAACACAUCCUGAAAUCACUGCAAGCAUGCCCAGAUGAAGAACAGAGUGUUGCUGGUGUGGAAACACCAGAAGGUGGUGCAUAAGGAACAAUCUCUGGAGAGAUUCAGUGGUUCAGGUCUGGGUCAGCCAUCAGUUUCUUUUGUUAGAAUAUUACUCUUUUUUUUUGCAGACUUAAAUUACGCUGAAAUGUAUGCAUUCUGUGGAUUUAUUCUUUGCUAGCAUCCUAGCAUUAUAUACAAUUUAUUUUGUACUUACAUAAUGUGUAUAAAAAAAGAAGUGGACCCCCAUUGCUAAACUCAGCUACGGGUCAGCACAUGUUGCAGAAAUACAACAUUGAAUUAUGACAA